ACCAAACUCUCCGCAUCUGACCGUCGCGCAAAACAGUCCGCCCAUGUCAUUCGCGCUCUCAUCAUCGGCCCAGACGGUAUCGUCCUGCCGCCGAGUAGACCUGUGAUCGUGACGAAGGGGGAGAUGAAGAAGGUCAAAGCGCAAUUGCUGGAACCCAAGAGCGCCAACAAGGUCAUCCUGCAACUCAAGACUCUGCCUGGAGUUAGCGUGCCCGCGUCGGAUGACGUGGUGAAGGCAGAAGCAGAAGAAGUGAAGGCGAGUGGCCCGAUUCACGCGGUUUGUUUCGAAGGGACGGACAAGGAGAUAGAAGACAAACAUUUCUCGAAGUUGAAGGCCGAGGAAGAGACUGCUCUCGCAGCCGUCGCUAGCGUAGGCAUCGGUCUCUCCGCUUUCAAGCUUUCUUCCGUUACCACCGCUUCUCUCGAGUCUCUGCUGGCCACGCUGAAGGAUAUCAAACUCGUCUCCCUCCUUUCUGCGCCGGAUUUGGGGCUGGGACAGCCGGGAGAUGGGAGGGAGGGGGAGGGCAUCCUGAGUGGCGCGUUACCUACAGCGGGGGCGGUCAUCCAGGGCGUGGAGCAAAUUACGCCGCAGUUGAUGAGUCUGGGGUAUGCGACAGGCAAGGCGAUUAUACCGAACCAUGCUGGGAUAUAUCCACCCACGGAUAGGAUGUCUGUUCUAACUUACUGGUGGGGCCUCGAACUCGUCCUUCCACCGCCCACGCUCGCCUACCUCAACAACGUGCCAUCCAUCUCGCACACUGUCAUGAAUUUCCUGACGGCACUGGGAGUGGUAUACACCGGAGUUAGAGAGAUCCUCCCAUUCGCGCGUUACAUCUCGCAGUACGUCGAGUUUGAAUUCUCCGCCAUCAAGGCGCAGAAUAAAGGGAAAGGAGUUGUUUGUGCGGCUACUUGGAUUAUGCCUGCUGCGAUGGUUCCGCGUCCAUGGGAUUUCGCCGACCCUCCAUCCAAGCCAGAUGUCGCUCCUAUGCCAGACCUCGAGUCUCCUCCUCAAGCUCCUCCCGCACCCCCUUCCGCACCAAUUUCCACCAUGCCCGUCUCAGGCUCCACCCCGUCCUCCCCGCCCGUACCCACCAAACCUGGUACGCUCUCCCCACCUCCCGUCGCUCCUUCAACUCUCCCGCAGAGCCCCAAGGUCGAGACUGGACUCGUGGACUCGUGGACGGAGACGGACCCUGUGAAGGUGGAUGAGGGUACGGCGACGCCGGGUGGGAAAGUUGCGCUUGUUGAGGGUGAUUCGAGCGGGGAUGUUCCUGGCGUACAGCUUGUGCCGCCGACGCUCCCGAGGGGGGCUGAGAGGCCUGACCUGGGAAAUGAAGGUGAGGAGAAGGGAGAGGAAAGUGGUGUGGCGGUGCAGACUGUCUGA